AUGUUCCGUGUUUCUGCGCAAGUUGGUAGACGUUUAGUGGUCAGGUCGGUGAGACAGGCAAGAGUUUAUAGUUCUGCUUCCCAUGGGGGAAGUGGGGCAUCGAUGAGUAAGUCAGCGCUGCUGUUGGCAGGAUUUUCCACCUUGGGGGCUCUUUAUGUGGCUAACGGGUGUCCUACUUUGAUUAAGUCGAAGCCUGCCAGUGUAGCUGCGCCAGUUUCGGAGCCAGUGAAGGAUAAGAGCGAUGCACCACAUUCGGCACAGGAUGAGGGUGCGGAACCGGUGACUGCACCAGGAAACGAGACUGUUUUCAGUGAAGAGAAGUUCGGUGAGUUGAAGGCAGCUCAGGAGGCUCAAGAGGCUCACGAGACUCAGGAGGAUGCUCAGGGUGCUCAGGGUGCUCAGGAAAACACUGAGGCUGGUGAAUCCACCACCCAGGCAUCCGGAGUUGACGAAAGUAGCGAAUCCAGCGAGACCAGUGCUCCAUCUCUCAGUGUAGACAAUGAAAUCACCAAGAAAAACGUCGUGUUGCACCAUGAGGCUGAUCAGAAGGAAUUGGUCCAGGUGACCGGCCCAGAUGGCGUGAAAAUGGUUACUAAGGACUCCGAACCUGCUUCUGAGACGGAGGAAAAAUCGUUUGCGCCAGCUUCUCCUUCCGAAAAUGAAAACGAAGCCAAACCAGAACAAUCUGCCACUGCUGAAGCUGCUGCCGCCGGUGUUCAAGGUGAGGAAAACAACGAACAAAAAUCCGCUUAUAACCCAGAAACCGGUGAGAUUAAUUGGGAUUGUCCAUGUCUAGGUGGUAUGGCAUACGGCCCAUGUGGUGAAGAAUUCAAGACCGCUUUCUCCUGCUUCGUUUAUUCCGAAGCUGAACCAAAGGGUAUCAACUGUGUUGAGAAGUUCUCCGCUAUGCAAAACUGUUUCAGACAAUACCCAGAUUACUACGCCGAACAAAUCAAGGACGAGGAAGAGGCUUCAGCAGAAGCUUCCAAAAUUGAAGACAAGUCCACCACCGAUGCUUCUACUGCUACUGCCACCGUAGAAGUCGAAACUGAAAAUGCUGUUUUCGAACCAGUCUUGGAGAAGUACGUCGAAGAAAACCCUCAAUUGAAGGAAACUUCCGAAGCUGCUCCAGUUGUCACCUCUGAUGCCGGAGACAAGAACUAA